AUAUAAUCUACACGCGUCUAUGCGUAGUAUACAUAUGUAGGCAUGCAGGUUUUGUAUUGUAUCCAAUUGUACCCCAAAGUUCCAACUUUUUGACCCCUGAAUAUACAAUAUACCUAAUACUAUUUAUGGAUUCCAUAGAGGGGCUCAUUCGCCCAUUCUUCACCUUAGGCUAACCCCUACCCCAGCUACCUAAUCUGUCCAACAUGUGGUACAUUGUGCAUUGUGGGCAGUGCUUCUCAAAUGGAUGUGCUCUUUUUUUUUUUUUUUUUUUUUUCAAUUCUUUUUUUUUCCUUUUGGUUACUUAAUAUUUGAGCUUUAGUGCGGCUACAUACCUACCUUUAGUCUCAUGAAGCAAGGCGCUUCAAUAUUCUUCCUUUCUUUGUUCUAACACGCGCGCGCGGCUGUUCGAAACGCCUGCUUGCAUUUGCAUGUUUUCGACUUUGACCCGCACUCGUUUAAUUUCCUGUCGUUGGCUGCAUAGUACCCCCUUCUUUCUCCCUGUACAACCACCGAGUCGAUUCGUGUACCAUGUUUUCUGCUCUGCCAUCACUAUUCUCGCGCUCCAUAACUCGAGUGCUUGCUGUGGUCUUAGUAUUCUUCCUUCUUCAGCAGUAUCUCUACUUCCGCCACUCGGUCCCAGCUAGCCGGGACUAUCUGAGCGGCCAUACUCAAUCCUCAUGUGAUUCACUGAAAGGGCUCGACGACGUGUUCGUCAUCCUUCGGACAGGUUCCACUGAGGCUCCCAGGAAGCUGCCAGUUCACUUCACGACCACUUUGCGCUGCGUUCCCCACUAUGGUCUCUACUCUGACUAUGAAGAAGAAAUUGACGGACAUCAUGUCUACAAUACCUUAGACGAACUCGACCCCGAGCUGGUGGCCACACACCCCGAUUUCGAAUAUUAUCGCCGAUUACAGGAAGGAGGCAGAGACGCCUUCACACCCGAGGAAUUGGCACAAUGGGCAGCUGCCAAGAACACGGAUGGUGGCCGAGAUAGCCCCUUUUGGAAAUUGGACAAGUGGAAGUUCCUGCCUCUGGCCGAGAAGGCUCUCCGCCAGCGGCCUGAGGCGAAGUGGUAUCUCUUCAUCGAGUCGGAUACCUAUAUACUGUGGCAAACGCUCUUGGAAUGGCUGUCCUACUUCGAUCCAUCCAAACCUUACUACCUGGGCAUGCAGAUGCAGAUAGGUGAUAUCAUCUUCGCCUAUGGCGGCGCAGGAUUCAUUCUCUCCAAACCAGCCUUGCAGACGCUUGUCGAACAGCGUAAAGCUAAUGUGAAGAUGUACGACGACUAUACGGCUAGUCAUUGGGCCGGUGACUGCAUUUUGGGAAAGGCCUUGAGGGAUUCAGGCAUAAACCUCCUGUGGUCCUUCCCCACGCUCGUGGGCGACCAGCCCGCUGAUAUUGAUUUCAACACCACGUUUGGAGGCGCAGACAAGCAACCCUGGUGUUUCUUUGCCGCAAGUUAUCACCACCUUCCACCCGCUGAAUAUAGCAAAUUUGCUGAGUUCGAAGCGAUCUGGAACCAAGAGAAUGCUUUCCGCAUGCGCCAUCGAGAUGUGUUCAGGUUCUAUGACCUACCCCGUAUAUCAUCUGAGGCUACUGAUUGGGAUAACCUAUCCGACAUGGAGCAGCCUGGGGUCGAUUCUUUCGAGGCUUGUCGUAAGAACUGUGGGCGCCAACCCGACUGUAUGCAGUUCUCUUUCUCGCAACAGUCUUGCAAGACAUCCAAGGGGGUUAUGCUUGGACACCAGGUGUCUGAGACCACCGGCGAACGAAUAAAAUCGGGCUGGAUUAUCGAACGAAUGGAGGAGUAUACUGAACGCAUGGACGCGACAUGCGGCAAUAGAGAUUGGAUAUUACCUUGAAUACUUCCUAGGUUUCACUCACCACUGGCGUAAAAUAUAUGUCGGUAUCCCAGAUCGCUAUGUCUAUCGCAUCAUCAGCCUGCAAAAUACCACCUUGUUCUUGUGGAAUUAGCGCCCAAAUCUAGAUUCUAUGUCGAGACUAAGGUCAAUGGGUUACGAUGCACAACACUCUCCGCAUAGCUACUCGAGCGACAACUCCAUCGGAAUUUGUCACAGGCUUCCCGGGACUGUGCAUGGUGGCGCCGAACUCACGAGCCCGGACUCUCUCUUGUAAAGGAUAAAACUAGCAGAGCCUCCGGCCUGUCACGUGUGAAGACGAUCUUGCGAAGAAUGAGGCGCCGUGUCUGGUUAUUUCGCAAAGGCCCGACUUGAGCCACCAUUGCAAAGGCUGCAUAGGUAUCAAGUCCCUCCCUCGUGUCCUAAUCGACUAGGGAAUGCAAUGGCAUCGAUGACG